CUCAAAAUGGAGGAGACGGAUGUCUCUGCAAGCGGCUCGUUUUCUGACAUAAAGGAACUUGCUCUUGACUCUUCUAUUGAAACAGAUCACUCCCCGAUACCAGAAGAUUGUAAAGAUGAAAAAAAGGGCAAAGGAACAAAGCGUAAAGCUUCAAUCGAAUUGCAGCAAUACAAAUGCGAAGUGUGCCAAGUGAAACUCAAUUCUGCUAGCCAAGCUUAUCAACAUUUUCAGGGAAAAGGUCACCAAGGAAAAGUAAAAAUGCUUGAAAUGGCAGCUGAAGUAACAGCACCUUCUUUUAGUAGUCUUCCAGCUGUUCCUCAACAUACUUCAUCACAGCCUACAACAGUUUUAUCUCCUUCAACUAUUGAACAUUACUGUGUGAUAUGUGAAAAAAUAUUUAAUUCCAAGAAUCAAGCAGAACAGCACUUCAGUGGAAAAGCCCAUCGACAUAAGCUGUCUGAAAAAGCUAUUGCAAAUAUAAAUCCCACUCAUAUCCCAGGUGUUUCAAGACCACCACUGGGAAUGAAGAAUAACGAACUUGUUACCAAACAACCUGAUCUUAUCAAGAUAGGUGGGAAUGUAAAGAGUCCUCUGUUUUCCUGUGAACACUGUCAUAUAACUUUGAAUUCUCAGAGACAGUAUGACCAACAUGUUAAUGGAUUACGUCACAAAAUCAUUGUUGGUAAAGCAAAGCCACCACCUCCUCCACAGGGAGAAGAACCAGGUUGGCAGGAAAUUCGAUAUAAAAAAUUGGCAACAGCAAUGACUACAGUAGGAUUGCUAUCAAAUGCUGGUGGUUCUACAAUAACAAAUCCUGGAGGUACAAGGCUUGGUCAAUAUUAUUGUAAGGACUGUGAUGUCAGUGUUAAUUCACCAAUACAGCUACAGCAGCAUAUGACAAGUGCUAAACAUAGUGCAAAACUUAAUGGUGUUGAAGCUAUCAAGAAAAAGCCUGGCAGAGGGCGUUUUGGUGUGAAGACAAUAGGAAGAGGACUUACCCAUGGCCGAGGAGUUCCCUCACUGUCAACUAAUUUUAUAAAAAGUGGCCAAAUGGCUUCCAAUCAGUGUACACUCAACAUGGCUAAACCAGCAACCAUCCAUUUACAUGUACCAUCAAYUCCUGCAUCCCAAAAUGGUACUGCAGUUAACAUACAGGAAGCUUCUUAUCAGACUAAACAAAUAAGUCAUUAUAAUUCAUGCAACUACUUUCAACCAUCAUAUCCGACCCAAUUACAAACAUAUCCUGCAACUUGAUUUUCAUUCAUGGUAUAAUACCAGUAGCUACCCCUUUUAUUUUCUCCUAAAUAUGGCUGGCAUGCCAACAGUAAUGCAGAUCGCAUAACCCAUAAAUUAAAUGGUAUCUCUAAACUACAAACAUUAAAAGAGUAAAUCWUGAGAAGUUAUCUUUCAGCAGCACGUUAGUAGGAGAGUAAUAAUAUAGCAAAUGCAGCCUGCUGUUAGAUGGUAAAUACUUAACUUUAGAUGAAGUCGAGCUCUUGCCAUUGUACAGCAUCAUCAGGACUCAAUGACGCUGAUGAUGCUAUAGAAAACAUAGUGAACUGAAGAGGUUUUUAUUAAAUGAAACAAGUUUUCACUAUUCUUGGUAGUCCUUGGCCAGUACGUACAAAAAUUAUAUUAUGAAUUGAUUUUCACUUGAAUGAAUGUUUUCAUGAAGACCAUCUGGGAAUAUGGUUAUUUGCAUACAAUAAAUUUAAUGCCAUGAAACCAUUUUCAAGCGACUCCUUCAAAGAUUGUAUAUGAAGCAUUCUUUGACAUCAUUUUCAUUCACAUAAUAUUUUGAUAUUGAACCUUCAUAACUCAAAGACACAACACUGAAAUGCAGGAAUAUUUCAACAUUCAAUUAUUUAUUUUAUAUAGAAUCAGUUCACAGAGAAUCAGAAAUUUUUUUGUCAGGCGUCAUAGGUACUUUACCAGUUCCAUAAAAUGUUAAGUAGAAUGAAUGCUGACUGACCAUGGUCCUUUAGAUUAACUUGAUUUUCUUUUAAAUAUUCACACACAAAAAUUUCUCAACUCACAAAAUCAUUCAAAUGGUCUCAAAUCAUCCUGUUACAAGUACCAAAGGUAUGUACAGCAGCAGCUGCAGACUCAUUUUUAAAAUGUUUGAUAAGAAUUAAAAACAUCAAGAUACAUGUGGCCUAAAAUAGGUAGUACACAAAGAUAGUGAYAUCAUUAAGCUGUUGCAAGGGUUUUUUUGGUCUUAAUAUUUCAACAACAUACUAUCUUGCAUGUCCUAGCGCCUGGUCAAAAGAAAUCACCAGUUAAGUACUAAUUAAAAAAGUUAAAUCAUG